GGGUACGGAACCCACUUCCGUAUCAUUCCCCUCCUCUUCGAGACUUUCCUUGUCCUCAAGGAUUUAUCCUCGACUAUCCAAACAUCGGGCACAUCUUCUUCGAUCUCAAAUUGGAACGUCGCGUCCCCUUCAUCCGUGUUGUUCCGCUUACGCGUCUCGUCAUGGCCCUCGUCGACCGCGGCCAAGAUCUCACUCUCGACUUCGACCACCUCUCCGUCCGCAUCGUACUGCAUAUGCCUCCUCAUCAUGGCCCGCUUCGACCGUGACAGGCAUCUCCUCUCCGACUGCGAGCACUUCGGAUCCUCCGGCCACGACCUUGAUGUGUUGCGCGCGCUGUUCCCGUGCGCAC